AUGCCUGACCCCUCCAUUCACGUUGACCCCGCUCGUAAAAUCGCGCCGGUCGACCCGCGAAUCUACUCCGGCUUCACAGAGCAUAUGGGACGAUGCAUCUACGGCGGUAUCUACGACCCAGACAACAGCGCUCUAGUCGACGAGAAGGGCUUCCGAAAAGACGUUCUAGCUGCAUUGAAGGAAUUGAAGGUGCCUGUCGUCCGGUACCCUGGUGGGAACUUCGUCAGCACAUACCGCUGGCAAGAUGGGAUUGGCCCAAAGCAUCUUCGACCACGGCGCCCCGAGCUCGCAUGGCUCACAGAGGAGUCAAACCAGUUUGGCACGGACGAGUUCAUGGCGUGGUGCAAGGAGCUCGGGGCCGAGCCGUACAUCUGCCUCAACAUGGGGACUGGGACCCUUGAAGACGCUCUGGCUUGGCUUGAAUAUUGCAAUAGCUCUGCCACUACCCAUUUCGCCAAUCUCCGACGUGCAAACGGCCACGCAGAGCCAUACCGUGUGAAAUAUUGGUCGUUGGGUAAUGAGGUCUGGGGUCCGUGGCAAGUCGGACAGAUGUCCGCAGAGGAUUACGCCAAGAGGGCAUUUCAAUGGGCGAAAGCCAUGCGAUUGCUCGACCCGACCAUCCAGAUAAUUAGCUGCGGAGAAACCGGAUUCUCUAGUUGGGAUUGGAUAACGUUGAAGACGUUGGCGCCCGUGGUGGACUACCAUUCUAUUCAUCGUGGGUUUUCCAACCGGCUUCAUUCAUUCAAUCUCAUGGCACUCCGCUCAGUUUACACCCCCAGUAACAACCACGAAGCCACAGUCAUGGGACCCGUUGCAGCUGAAAAGGGCAUCGAAAUAUCGAAAUCCCUCAUCGACCUCGCCUUAAUCGAGCACGGGUUAGACAAGGAAAUUACAGUUUGUUAUGAUGAGUGGAACGUCUGGGAUCCGAUUCGGGCGCCCGGUGAGAAAGGCGCGGAGAUGCAUUACAAUUUCAGCGACGCUCUUGCUGUCGCUUCAUGGCUCAACGUCUUCAUUCGAAAAGCAGACGUUGUCAAGUUCGCGUGUAUCGCUCAGAGUGUCAAUGUCCUUUCGCCCAUAAUAACCUCCCCGACAAGCCUCUUCAAGCAGACGUCGUAUUACUCACUCCACCUCUUCGCCAAUUGGAUGCAGGGGACAUCUCUUUCGAUCCACAGCACCACAGAGACGGAUGAUGACUAUUAUAGCGGCCCCACAGAGCCCGCGUUCAUCGCCAAGCUCGCAGGGCACAGCCCAAGCUCGUUGAAAUUGACGAAAUGGAUCGACGUCAGCGGGGUCUUGUCCGAAGACGGAAAGCAGGUCCGCCUUGCCAUUGUCAAUCGCAACGCGACACGCUCUUAUGAUCUCCCGGUGAUAUUUCCUGCAUCAUCUGUCCACGGAGCGCAGUUUCGCGUAGGCACGGAGAUAACGGUGCACGAACUGUGGCAUCCAGAUCUCGAUGCCCGGAAUGAUUUCGAGGAGGAGAAGGUAAAUGUCCAGGUCCGGAAGCAAGUUUGGGAUGGAAAGCUGGCGGUGAAAGAGCACUCGUUCCAGGUGGUCGUAUUUGACUUGAUUUAA